AGCCAUUUUGGCUCAAGACUGUUUGGCUCCAGCUGGGCCUUCGCAAGCUGAAGCAUACCCGCACACCCUGCGUACAUCCUACAACUUCUGGUCGGAUCACCUGUCUCGCAGAUGGCCCGUCUUUUGCUGAUUGCCAGUCUUGUCGGGGCGCGCGGGGCCGCUGCCCUGGGUGCGGCCCCCGCCGAUUCCAGCAUGAUGCAGUUUGGAACGGCGGCGGACAAGAGCAACACCUCGCAGCAGACAACGGCCUCGUGCGGGCCACGUAUACUUGCAGCAGGACAAUGGAUGACGGUUGUCGUGCAGGACGACGGAUCUGUGCACACGGUGGGUGGGAAUGACGGUGGCGAAUUGGGCGAUGGAUCCACCACUAGACGAACAUCGUUUGUGCAAGUGGUUUCCAGUGGGGUGACUGCGGCUGCGGCAGGUAAUCAACACACUGUGAUCGUGAAGAACGACGGGUCUGUGCACACGGUCGGACGGAAUCAGUAUGGCCAAUUGGGCGAUGGAACCACAAUUGAGUCAAAUAUGUUUUUGCAAGUGGUUUCCAGUGGGGUGACUGCUGCUGCGGCAGGCAGGUUCCACACGGUGAUCCUGAAGAACGACGGAUCUGUGCACACGGUGGGUAGGGGUGAUGAGGGUCAAUUGGGCGAUGGAACCACAACUGAGAGACAUCUGUUUGUGCAAGCGGUUUCCAGUGGGGUGAUUGCGGUUGCGGCAGCUAAUGUACACACUGUGAUCCUGAAGAACGACGGAUCUGUGCACACGUCGGGUUUCAAUAAUUAUGGCCAAUUGGGCGAUGGAUCCAACACUAUACGAACAUCGUUUGUGCAAGUGGUUUCCAGUGGGGUGACUGCGGUUGCGGCAAGUAACUACAACACGAUGAUCCUGAAGAACGACGGGUCUGUGCACUCGGCGGGUGCCAAUUUUCAUGGCCAUUUGGGCGAUGGAACCACAACUCACAGAAAUUCGUUUGUGCAAGUGGUUUCCAGUGGGGUGACUGCGGUUGCGGGAGGUCUUCACCACACGGUGAUCCUGAAGAACGACGGAUCUGUGCACACGGUGGGACUGAAUAACUAUGGCCAAUUGGGCGAUGGAUCCAACAGUAAACGAACAUCGUUUGCGCAAGUGGUUUCCAGUGGGGUGACUGCGGUUGCGGCAGGUCUUCACCACACGGUGAUCCUGAAGAACGACGGAUCUGUGCAUGCGGCGGGACAGAAUAUCCUUGGCCAAUUGGGCGAUGGAACCACAACGAACAGAAAUUCGUUUGUCAGUGCUGCCAUUGCGCCGUGCAGCAUCACUCCGGCACCGACCGCGGCACCGACGCCCGCGACGGCCACCGGCGAUCCGCACCUGCAGAAUAUCCACGGUGAGCGUUUCGACCUGAUGACGUCGGGUACGGUUACACUGAUCAACAUCCCACGUGAGAAGCGCGUCGAGGAUGCGUUGCUUGCGGUACAAGCAGACGCGCGACGCCUGGGUGGACAUUGUGCCGACAUGUACUUCCAGACUGCGAACAUCACAGGGGUAUGGGCGGACAAGCUGCAGGCUGGCGGUUUCACCUUCGAUGCCCAAGGCGUUCAGAGCCACGAGUUGCCGAAAUGGACCAAGUUCGGGCCGCUGGAGCUCAAAGUCGUCCACGGGCGCACGGAGAAGGGAAUCAAGUACUUGAACCUCUUCAUCAAGCAUCUUGGGCAUGCUGGCUUUGCCGUCGGAGGGCUACUGGGUGAAGAUGAUCACACAGAUGCAGCGAGGAUCCCAGCAGAAUGCCAUAUGGAAAUUUCCCUGCGAAAGGUGAGCCAGACCAGCGUGGGGGCUGAGCCGGCUUCGUUGGCGAUCGCCAGUUGAGUCGACCUCUUCUCUUGCAGACCCUCUUCCUUCAUACCAUCAUAUGACGCACUACAGCUUGCGAUGAUAUGCCCUUCCACUUAGUUCUCGCGCUUCCGAUGUGCUGCCCGGCCGUCCACAUAGUGCACAUGGUCGUCACUUGUGGCGUGUUGCCGCUUGUUUGAAUCGAUGGCAAGCGUGUGCGCGCUUUUGUUGUUUUUCCGUGACCACGCGUUCAGCCGUUUGCCGAUGGUGAACGGAGGAGUCGAGGGUGAGCAGUAGGGGGUAGUGACAUAAGAAGCGGGAGCAGUCGGUCGGUCGAGUAGGUAAGGGUCGGCCAGCCAGCGGGGGCGCCUUUUUGCCGGCGCUUCACGCGCGAGUCAGGCGCGGCGUGUUGCUGCUUGUUUGAAUCGAUGUCAAGAGUCAAGCGUGUGCGUGCCUCGACUCCGCGGAAUUGCGUUCGGCCGCCUCCGUUGCAAUCGGUGGGCGGUGCUUGUCAGGGGUAGCAGGGGGGGUGCUUCGGAAAGAUGCCUGGUCGUUCCAACUUCUUUGAUAAGCUCUCAUGGUGUCUGCUCUGGCCAUAAUUGGUGUGGGUCGGCGGAUGACGCACUACAGCUUGCGAUGAUAUGCCCUUCCACUUAGUUCUCGCGCUUCCGAUGUGCUGCCCGGCCGUCCACAUAGUGCACAUGGUCGUCACUUGUGGCGUGUUGCCGCUUGUUUGAAUCGAUGGCAAGCGUGUGCGCGCUUUUGUUGUUUUUCCGUGACCACGCGUUCAGCCGUUUGCCGAUGGUGAACGGAGGAGUCGAGGGUGAGCAGCAGGGGUAGUGACAUAAGAAGCGGGAGCAGUCGGUCGGUCGAGUAGGCAAGGGUCGGCCAGCCAGCGGGGGCGCCGGGUUGCGUGCCAGAUUUUUUUGCCGGCGCUUCACGCGCGAGUCAGGCGCGGCGUGCUGCUGCUUGUUUGAAUCGAUGUCAAGAGUCAAGCGUGUGCGUGCCUCGACUCCGCGGAAUUGCGUUCGGCCGUCUCCGUUGCAAUCGAUGGGCGGAGCAUGUCAGGGAUCUUUUAGACGACUUGCAGAAUCCUUUCAGACAGCCCCUGCGUUCCAACACCCCCAAAUCGCGCAAGAGCGAUGGCGGGUUUGAAUGUCUAUGUGAAGCGCUUAGGGCAAUCGGGAUUUGCUAUCGGAGGUCUGCUGGGUGAGGACGACCACGAAGAUGCAAGCGCUCCUCCAGAGGCGUGCGUCAAGCGCAUGCCUCUGAAGAAGGACGCGCAGAUCGUCUUGCCGCGCCUCCCAGGAGCUUCAAUCGCAGUGGCAGGCUUCGCGUGAGCAUGUGCGCUUUCUGAUGCAAGUGCAUCUCUCUUCUUUCUCCACCUUCCUCCUUGCGUCCUAUCCAUCCCCCUCGUCUUCCUCUUCAACCCACGCUUGCCUGUCUGCUCUGGCCAUAAUUGGUGUGGGUCGGCGGAUGACGCAUUACAGCUUGCGAUGAUAUGCCCUUCCACUUAGUUCUCGCGCUUCCGAUGUGCUGCCCGGCCGUCCACAUAGUGCACAUGGUCGUCACUUGUGGCGUGUUGCCGCUUGUUUGAAUCGAUGGCAAGCGUGUGCGCGCUUUUGUUGUUUUUCCGUGACCACGCGUUCAGCCGUUUGCCGAUGGUGAACGGAGGAGUCGAGGGUGAGCAGUUGGGGUGGUGACCUUAGAAGCGGGAGCAGUCGGUCGGUCGAGUAGGUCAUGGUCGGCCAGCCAGCGGGGGCGCCGGGUUGCGUGCCAGAUGUUUUUGCCGGCGCUUCACGCGCGAGUCAAGCGCGGCGUGCUGCUGCUUGUUUGAAUCGAUGUCAAGAGUCAAGCGUGUGCGUGCCUCGACUCCGCGGAAUUGCGUUCGGCCGCCUCCGUUGCAAUCGGUGGGCGGUGCUUGUCAGGGGUAGCAGGGGGGGUGCUUCGGAAAGAUGCCUGGUCGUUCCAACUUCUUCGAUAAGCUCUCAUGGUGUCUGCUCUGGCCAUAAUUGGUGUGGGUCGGCGGAUGACGCACUACAGCUUGCGAUGAUAUGCCCUUCCACUUAGUUCUCGCGCUUCCGAUGUGCUGCCCGGCCGUCCACAUAGUGCACAUGGUCGUCACUUGUGGCGUGUUGCCGCUUGUUUGAAUCGAUGGCAAGCGUGUGCGCGCUUUUGUUGUUUUUCCGUGACCACGCGUUCAGCCGUUUGCCGAUGGUGAACGGAGGAGUCGAGGGUGAGCAGCUGGGGUGGUGACCUUAGAAGCGGGAGCAGUCGGUCGGUCGAGUAGGCAAUGGUCGGCCAGCCAGCGGGGGCGCCGGGUUGCGUGCCAGAUUUUUUUGCCGGCGCUUCACGCGCGAGUCAAGCGCGGCGUGCUGCUGCUUGUUUGAAUCGAUGUCAAGAGUCAAGCUUGUGCGUGCCUCGACUCCGCGGAAUUGCGUUCGGCCGUCUCCGUUGCAGUCGGUGGGCGGAGCAUGUCAGGGAUGACAGGUGGGGUGCUUCGGAAAGAAA